AAGAGGUGAAAAUGAGAAUUGCAGUUUUGGAGGAGAGCGUGAAGUCGUGUGAGGUGGAAUGCAAAGGCAGCAGAGAGACAGUGCUGAGGCUGGUCGAAGAACUGGACCUAGAGCGGAGCAAGGCUGCCAGCAGUGCAGCAGCACUGGAUUCACUCAAAGUGGAGUUAGAAGGCAUAGUAUGUAGAAAGAGGAGCGUUGAGAUGGAGAAGCAGACAUUAGAGGACAGGCUUGAGGCCAGUAGGAGAGUCACCGAGGCAGCAAGGCGAGAGUCACAGUUUGGAUAAGCAGGUGGAGGAGCUUGAAAGGAAACUUCAGAUGAGCCAAGGAGAGACUCAAACUGCUCAGGGGAAUCUGCAGGCCUUCCUGGAGAAGGUGGCGUCGUUGCUGCAGGGGGAUUCUGUAGACGUCCUCCCCACAGAGAGAAAGAGAUCCUACACAGAGUGGACAACCUGUGCAAUA